CUUCAUAACAAACUGUAUGACGUAUUAAAUGAACUCAAACGAAAUAGGUAACAAGUGGCAUGCGCAAAACGGAACCAAUGGAAGAUUUUCUACGACAACAUGUAUGGAAAAAGGAGGGUAAACAAUAUGUUGAUCUGUUUGAUUUGGAAUUAAGCGACGAUAGAAGAGCUCAACUUAAUUUUCACGUUGAAUCGUACUAUGCGAACCAAUUUGACAAACAUAACGAUGAUUCCGUACAACAACGAAGGCUUGGAAACGACAUCGUUAUGCCAGACUCUGCACUAGAUUACUAUAACGAAAGUUUACGAUUCGCCGAAGAAAAUUCUAGGCAUGUCGGCAUGGCGUAUGCAAAUAGAGCAUCAUGUUUUUAUCGUUUGAAUAUGUUCAAGACAGCGUUACGGGACAUUGAGUUUGCAAAAACCACACAGUUUCCCGAAAAUUUGCUGCCAAAACUUGAACAGCUUGAAAGGGAUAUUAUAGAGGCUUCACCGAUGGAAUACGGUGAACAAAAACCGGAAACAUUGCCCACUCUGAGUUACAUACCCAAUGAGAAAAUACCGUGUUUGGCCGAUGUGGUAAAAAUCAAAUACGACUCAAAAUUUGGACGGCAUGUGAUUUCUAAGUAUAAACUUCCCGCAAAUAAAGUCAUUAUGAUUGAACAGGACUACUUAAAAACAUUUGACGCUGCAAAGCCACGCUCGUGCACAACUUGCUUCGCCGAAGAAAGGAAUUUUAUUGCGUGCAAAGGAUGUGCAGAUGCAAUGUUUUGCGAUGAUGAUUGUGUGAAAAAAAGCCAAAUACACAAAUGGGAAUGCAACACCUUCAUCACAAACAUUGACCAUGAACUCAAAAUCGUCAUUCAUUCGAUUCUAUUGGCUAUCGACACAUUCACAGUCGAGAAAGAGACAAAUGUGAAUGAACUCAUGAAAUUUGUUGCUGAUAUGUGGAACGAAAAACUAAAAAAACCAAAAAAAAUGCCAAAAUCAACGCAUGAUGCGGUGACAAAAUAUGAGUUCUUUUUUAAACUGGAAUCGAACGCACCAAUUCAAUUCAAAUUCGGUAAGAAUUUUAAUGCGCUUGAGCUUGUCUAUAUCAUUUUUUCCCUACUGACGAUGUUACCGAAAAUUCAGGCAGCCUUUGAUUCGGUAGAUAAAAAACGGUUUCUAAUGCAUUUAAUUAGUUAUCAUUGUCUUGUUAUCAACAUAAAUUACUUCAGCACUCUGAAUAAUCUCUCUUUGGGCAUCAUUCAAUCCUUAUUCAAUCAUUCUUGUGAUCCAAACCUCUCUCACCUCUACAUUGCGAACCAGAGAUUUUUUAUCACACAGAAAAAGACGUACAGACAUCGUCAAUUUUUCAUCAGUUACAUCAAUGCCAACCUCACCACUGCGCAACGCCAAAAGAUGAUUAUGAAAAGUUGGGGAUUUGAGUGCAAGUGUAAAUUAUGCAAAAUAUCAAUAGGUCAAGAAUUAGCCAAUAGGUGCCGUAAUGUCAUGAAUGUUUUAACCCAUGAUUUUUAAAAAUAAAUGUGGUACAAUUUCUUUUUUCAAUAUUCAUUCAUUUGAAAUAUGAUAACGUCUUAAUAAUAACAAUUUAAUCAAGA